UUUGUAUGUUCCGCCUAUGCUUUUUUAAAUCUAAAAUGACCAAUGACAACUGUCGGUUUAAAUUUGAAAUUACUGGCAAGUAGAAGUUUUUAGGUUAUGAUGCUUACAAUUAAACAAAUUUAAUAACACUAGCUUCUAGAUAAUAAUGGGUGAAGACUUAAACGACAUCCUUAAUUUACAAUACAAAGUUGCAACCAGUAGAACGUUUUAUACGAAAAGCAUUGAGACGAUAUUGAAAAAGAAAAACAAGCUCGAUUUAAAGAGAAUAUCAAACAUACAAUUUGAAGAUUGGGAGGAAACCAACAUUGAAGUUCCUCAAUUCAAAGUUCCAGAGAUGACCCAAGAUCCUGUAAUAGAAAAACAGAGGGUUGAACAAAUAAAAGCCCAUAUGCUGGACCAGAUAAAACUAAUGAAGAUCUUAAAAAAAAUAAGAUCAAAUAAAAUCGCACAGUUGGUAAAUGAAUUGUAACUUUUAAUUACACUGAUAAAAAAUAUAUAAAAUAGCGUAGUAAAAAUGUUAAUAAUUUAAAUAAAAAACUAGAUAUUAAGCAUUAUUCUUUAUUUCAAUUAUAUGAAGUGUAUAAAAAUGUUAUAUUUAAUUGAAGAAGGAAUAUGAGUGUAUAUGAACAGCUUAAUAAAUAAAAUUAGAGGGCA